AUGCCGCGCGAAGCAGAACCUUCCCUGAACGAAAAGGCGUUCCUGCUUGAAGCGCUUCAGCAGAAUCUCCGACUUGACGGGCGUGAUAUAGACCAAUACCGGCCCAUAAAGCUGUCUUUUGGUGACGAAUAUGGACUCGUUGAGGUUGAAUUUGGCAAAACAAGAAUUGUCGCAAAAGCUUCAGCCGAAGUCACAAUACCAUAUACCGACCGUCCCUUUGAUGGCGUCUUCAACAUCGUCACAGAGCUCAGUCCAAUGGCAUCCCCCGCUUUCGAGGUGAACCGACCGACCGAGACCGAAGUCCUCCUCUCCCGACUGCUCGAGAAGACGAUCCGGCGAUCCAACGCGCUCGACACCGAGUCCCUAUGCCUGGUGGCGGGCCAAAAGUGCUGGUCCGUCCGGGUGGACGUGCAUGCCGAGUCCCACGACGGCAACCUGAUCGACGCCUCCUGCCUCGCCGUGGUCGCCGCCCUGCGCCACUUCAGGAAACCGGACACGAGCAUCGAGGGCGAGGUCGUGACCGUGUACACACCCGCCGAGAGGGAACCCGUGCCGCUGAGCUGGCUGCACUCGCCCUUUUGCGUCACCUUCAGCUUCUUCGGCGACCUGGGCGACAUGUUUGUCGUCGACGCCAAUUGGCUGGAGGAGCAAGUCCGCGUGAGCUCCUGCACCAUCAGCCUGAACCGUCACGGCGAGAUUUGCCAGAUCGCAAAGCUGGGAGGGACCGCCAUCGAGGCUGUCAUGCUGCUGCAGUGCAACGCGGUAGCCUUGAUCAAGGCCAAGGAGUUCUCCAAGCUCUUGGACGACAAACUUGCAGAGGACGCAAAGAAGAGGGACAAGGGCGGACUUUUGGCGGAGUUGUCGGCAGAGAACGAGAGGUGA